UUCAUUUACAUAUUUUACACUUAGCUUCCUCAAGAAACGAGGGAAAACCCUGAGCAAAGUUUCCCGCUCAUUUCUCGGCACUUUACCGAUCAAUGGCUCCCAAGUCCGACAGCGCAGAAGCGAUCGUGCUCAACUUCGUAAAUGAGCAAAAUCGUCCACUAAACGUUCAAAAUGUCGCUGAUUCGUUACAAAAGUUCAACCUCAAGAAGACCGCGGUGCAGAAGGCACUGGAUACUCUUGCCGAUAGUGGACGGAUUUCUUUCAAGGAGUAUGGGAAGCAGAAGAUAUAUCUCGCCCGGCAAGACCAAUUCAAGAUCCCAAACGGCGAGGAACUUACUCAGAUGAAGGAAGCAAACGCCAAACUGCAGCAACAUCUGGACGAGCAAAAAAGAGCUAUUGGCCAGGUUGAGGAAGAAAUUCGAACAUUGCAGUCAAAUUUAACGCUGGAACAGAUGCGAGAAAAAGAAGCCAUGCUUAGAAAGGAGGUUAAGGAAUUGGAAGACAAAUUGAAAAUAUUACGCGGAGGUGUUACACUGGUGAGACCAGAAGAGCGAAAAGCAAUCGAGCAUAUAUACUCGGAGAAAUUAAGCCAGUGGCGAAAGCGAAAAAAGAUGUUCAAAGAUAUAUGGGAUGCUAUCACUGAGAACUCACCUAAGGAUCUCAAAGAAUUCAAGGAAGAACUUGGCAUCGAAUAUGAUGAAGAUGUAGGCGUGAAUUUUCAGUCAUUCAGCGACAUGUUACCACAAAAUCGAAAACGGCCCAGGGGAAAGUGAGUGAUGCCAUGAAGUGGGGCGUCCAACAAAAGAUAAAAGAAGAAGAAUUAUUUGCUUAUAUUUCUUUUCUUUAUUCAGUCCUGCAUAAAGGCAAUACAGGUAGAUUCUGUCCGCUUAGUUCUUGGCUUUUGUAUCAUGAAUACUUACCAAGUUUCUUUUCGUCAAUUAAUGCUAAGUUGAAGGUACCAUUUAUUUA